GACAGCUCCAGGCCUCAUACAGCGAGAGAGAGACAGCUCCAGGCCUAAGAGAGGGAGAGACAGACACCUCCUGGUCUGAGCGAAAGCGGCAGCCUAGGCCUUAGACAAGGCAAGAGCGCUCCAGCCUGGGAUACAGACGGAGACAGACCUCUAAGCAUUGCUGGGCCGGAGAGACAGCUCCACAGGCUGAGUGACACGGACUGGUCUUGCAGUGACUGCUCCACAUCUACAGGCCUGAGAGAGACUGCUUUAUUCUGGCCUUAAACAGCUGUAUCUUCUUACAGACCUGGGCGACAGCGAGACACACCUCCAAGCCACAAAGAGACAGACAAAUGUAGAGGCCUUAAAGACUGCUUUACACGAUCUGUUACUGCCUUGGGAUUUACAGAGACUGCUAUAGACAGGCCAGAGAGUGUCUCCAUACUCAGCUAUAGAGGGCCAGACCUGGCCAGCCAGCAUAUCAACACAAGACUCUGAAAGGGGAACAGCACACAGGUCAGGGGUGUAUAUUAGUCCUGGGCAGGUAACCGUAGACCAUAUAUGCACAGAAAUAUAUUAAUACAGAAUAUUGAGUGACUGCUAAAUCUGUACAUGACGUUAGAGCAGCAAUAGACCGGUUUUGGAUCCCAGCACACCCUGGGAAAAAAAAGAAUUCAACGUUUACAAGAAUAUGAAAACCGCCUACGUGUACGCAUAGUGUCGGACAUACAGAUCCCGAGGAGACCUUGCCUGUAUUUCAUGGGGUGGUACAUAGCAGGGCCUUAGUGACAAUAUAGAAUUGCCUAUAGUGUUCAUGGACAUUGUAUAUAAACAUACGCACAAAUCUACACGAGUAAAUAUAGAAACACAGUGUUUCUAUCCUAAGAGACUUAAACCUGAACGAUACAUCUGUAUCAACUAGGAUCCACAAGAGGGACAGUUAAAGAAGACUGGGGGAAAGCCACAGUGACACCCAGUGAACUUGACAAGUGAGAUACAGACCUCAGAGGUGAAAAUCCUGGCAGCAAAGCCCUGAGUCUGCAGUAUCCUAAGGGUCUGUUCCAGCGGAUACCGUAUUCUAGGAGGUCGCUUCAUACUUAGAGGUGGCACACUUCCCUAGAAGGUAAAUAUUGGAAACCAGCCCUGUAAGGUCAAUGUCCUAAAGUGAGUUUGUAUACAGUGGGAAUGCUUGCCUAAUGUGUGGUGUUGUAGACAUUCCUUUCUGAGGGCCACUGCUGGGUAGCCACACUUUAAUUAAUCAGAGAUCCGUUGGAUGUUACUAGGUGACUGGUCGACCUCUCAUUAGUUGUGGUUUACACACACCCCAGCUGCACGGAGCAAGUUGUAUUGGAAGGAAAACGUCUAAAAAAUAAGUUCUAUUCAGUUUAUAUUUCAUUUCUAAUGCUUUACAUAAUGUUUGGUUAUACGCUGGCCCAUGCAUCGGACUGUAUAAUUAUUGUCUUUUCAUGGGGAAGAUGUCUGGUUAUUUUGUACACUGAUCGGGCUGUUUGGUGAACAGAUACGAAGUCCUGUAUCAUAGAGGAUUUUCAGAAGUUGGUUAAAUGUGAGGGAAUGACUAAUGAGAUUUGUAGUAGGGAGCUAUGAGAGAGAAGUAUGGAAACCAAGGAUGGCCCCAAGCUUAUGGACAUGGCUGAUUCUAGCGGUUUCUUCUUGAAAAGUGAGAAUCUAGUUGAGGAAGAAGUAUUUUGAUGAGACCAAGCUGGGCUUUAAGUACUCAGUGAAGAGGUAAAUUUACAGGGGGAAAAUAUAGCUGAUUGUGGGAGUUCUAUGGCCUGAUUACUGUAUGGAAAAAUUUGUCUUUAAAACCAACCUUUUCUGUGGUGCUGUACAAAGGGCGGACAAAUAUACCAGUAAUUCCAACAUGAAAAGUUUCACAAAUGUGAACAAUAGGUGCUAGGGAACCUGCCGGAGUAAAUGGGGAGGAAUUACAUUAAAGGUGCUAUCUGUUCUUUACAGAUUAAGGAUGGAUUGCAUGUUGUUUCAGUGGGUGGAAAAUACCUUCUUUAAGAAACGGUUUAAGCUGUACACACUGUCUAAAGUAUGCGUGAGUUCCAGGGAACGCUGCAAACCUAAAGAAGUUUUCGAUUUGAGCAUUAGUUGGGAGUACAGAGGGAUCUGCUGGUAUCAGAGGCAUCUAUUGGUUGUGAGGUCAGAGGGAUCUGCUGGUAUCAGAGGCAUCUAUUGGUUGUGAGGUCAGAGGGAUCUGCUGGUAUCAGAGUGAUCUGUUUGUUGACUGCAGAGGGAUCUGUUGGUUGUGACGGCAGAGGGAUCUGUUGGUUGUGACGGCAGAGGGAUCUGUUGGUUGUGACGGCAGAGGGAUCUGUUGGUUGUGACGGCAGAGGGAUCUGUUGGUUGUGACGGCAGAGGGAUCUGUUGGUUGUGACGGCAGAGGGAUCUGUUUGUUGUGACGGCAGAGGGAUCUGUUUGUUGUGACGGCAGAGGGAUCUGUUUGUUGUGACGGCAGAGGGAUCUGUUUGUUGUGACGGCAGAGGGAUCUGUUUGUUGUGAGGGCAGAGGGAUCGGUUGGUUGUGAGGGCAGAGGGAUCUGCUGGUAUUAGAGGGAUAUAUUUGUGAAUGCAGAGGGAUCUAUUGUGAAUGAAGAGGGAUCUGGUAUCAGGGAUCUAUUGGUUGUGAGGGCAAAGUGAUCGAGAUCAAACACAAAAAUAGGGAUGAACUUUUAAUAUACAAAACAAAAACUAAUAAUGAAUCUAUAUCUCUCCCUAUUACUUUUAACUACAAUAAUAAGAGCAGUGAAAUGAAAAAAAUUAUUAAAAAACAUUGGCACAUUUUAAAACAUGACGACAAACUUUGUAAAAUUAUUCCUGAAAAGCCAAAUAUAGUUUUUAGAGGAGCUCCCAAUUUUAUAUCAAUUUUAACCACGAAUUUUACUAAAACAAUUCCACAUAAAAAUCCAGCAUCUUUCUUUCCCCAAGCUAAAUGUAAAACAUGUAUUGUAUGCAAGACCACCGAUUCCACAUCACCAUCUAAGCUGAAGCAAUUUACUUCAAAUAGGACUAGAAUAAUGUACAAUAUUAAGGAGUUCAUAAGUUGCAAUACUAAAAAUGUAAUUUAAAAACAGAACAAGGAGUAAGCACUAAAUAACAAAUAGGCAGCAACCCUCUAAGGGAAUCCCUCAAACACCCUUAAGAAAUAACAAAGGUGAGAAAAAUAAGGGCUGUGCCAGAGAAACUUAAUAUGGAAUAAAAAUAACAAAUAGUCCAAAUAAAGAAAAAUUUAAAAAAUAGUCUUAUCUAAAAUGCUUGUUCCAGAACAAUUGUCCUUGCUGUUCUCCUCCGUAUAGGUCCACUCAUAUGUAAGAGAUAAAAUAGAGAACCAAAUAGUGCAAUAGGUUUAAUAAUAAAAGGUAUAAAACUCACAUUUACAAGAGCUAUAACUCGCUCUAGUAUGACAGGCGUACAGCGGUACAAUCCCCGCUUAUGGGAUAUAGGGUAGACUUCCUCCGUCAGUGGUAUAUUCAACACUCGGAUAAAAAGAGACAACCAAUAGUGCUCCCCACCGAUUCCACAUCACCAUCUAAGCUGAAGCAAUUUACUUCAAAUAGGACUAGAAUAAUGUACAAUAUUAAGGAGUUCAUAAGUUGCAAUACUAAAAAUGUAAUUUAAAAACAGAACAAGGAGUAAGCGCUAAAUAACAAAUAGGCAGCAACCCUUUAAGGGAAUCCCUCAAACACCCUUAAGAAAUAACAAAGGUGAGAAAAAUAAGGGCUGCACCAGAGAAACUUAUUAUGGAAUAAAAAUAACAAAUAGUCCAAAUAAAGAAAAAUUUAAAAAAUAGUCUUAUCUAAAAUGCUUGUUCCAGAACAAUUGUCCUUGCUGUUCUCCUCCGUAUAGGUCCACUCAUAUGUAAGAGAUAAAAUAGAGAACCAAAUAGUGCAAUAGGUUUAAUAAUAAAAGGUAUAAAACUCACAUUUACAAGAGCUAUAACUCGCUCUAGUAUGACAGGCGUACAGCGGUACAAUCCCCGCUUAUGGGAUAUAGGGUAGACUUCCUCCGUCAGUGGUAUAUUCAACACUCGGAUAAAAAGAGACAACCAAUAGUGCUCCCCACCGAUUCCACAUCACCAUCUAAGCUGAAGCAAUUUACUUCAAAUAGGACUAGAAUAAUGUACAAUAUUAAGGAGUUCAUAAGUUGCAAUACUAAAAAUGUAAUUUAAAAACAGAACAAGGAGUAAGCGCUAAAUAACAAAUAGGCAGCAACCCUUUAAGGGAAUCCCUCAAACACCCUUAAGAAAUAACAAAGGUGAGAAAAAUAAGGGCUGCACCAGAGAAACUUAUUAUGGAAUAAAAAUAACAAAUAGUCCAAAUAAAGAAAAAUUUAAAAAAUAGUCUUAUCUAAAAUGCUUGUUCCAGAACAAUUGUCCUUGCUGUUCUCCUCCGUAUAGGUCCACUCAUAUGUAAGAGAUAAAAUAGAGAACCAAAUAGUGCAAUAGGUUUAAUAAUAAAAGGUAUAAAACUCACAUUUACAAGAGCUAUAACUCGCUCUAGUAUGACAGGCGUACAGCGGUACAAUCCCCGCUUAUGGGAUAUAGGGUAGACUUCCUCUGUCAGUGGUAUAUUCAACACUCAGAUAAAAAGAGACAACCAAUAGUGCUCACUGGGUAAAAUACUGGAAAUAAAAUAUAUAAAAUGGUACUCACAAGAAAGGAGCAGACCGACUGCUCCUUGAAGAUAGCGCUGGUGGUAUGAUCCCCACCUAGGAUUACUUGGAGUCCAGGAUAAAAAAAUGCCAGGUAAAAAUCUAAGGUGUAUCAAAAGAUAAAUGGCACAAAUAAAGAGUGACCGAAUAAUCUUUAAUAUAUAAAAAUACACAAUAUAAUAUCCAUAAACGCGUUUCGCCAAUACGGCUUUAUCAAUAUGGAAUAAGAACCUGAUACCUGGCAAGAAAGAGUUUAAAUAGCAAAUUCAGACCUUUGAAAUUGGCGCCAAAAUUGUGAACAGCCAAACAAAAUUUUUGGUUAGAAACAAUCAAGUUUUAAACAAUGUAGAAACAAGAAUUUCAUAAUAGGCAUACAAUAUAAUAAACUUUAAAAACCUUAUUGUACUUUAAGAUGUUACUAUUUGGUUCUCUAUUUUAUCUCUUACAUAUUUAAAAAUGGUCUGCUCGAAUGCCCAUGUGGCUUCCAGUAUGUUAGAAUGACCACAAGGUGCUUAAAAAUUAGAUUGAGCGAACAUUGCAGAAACAUCAAAAAUGGAUACUUAAAUCACUCAGUAUCCAAACAUUUUAUUAACCACAAUAAAGACCUUAAAAUGUAUGGGGAUAAAAAAAUGCACUUUACCCUGGAGAGAGUGCGAUAUAAAAAAUGUCCUAGGAAAAACUGAAAUGGAAUGGGUCUACAGGUUACAGACCCUCACACCUCAUGGUUUAAAUGCAGAUUUUGAUCUGUAACUUUUUAUGAGUAUGCAUACUAUUAAUACUAUAUGUCACAUUUUUGGUUAUGGAACUGUUUGUUUCAAUAUUUUAAUUAUUUGAGCAUUUUAUAAUAUCUAUUCAAAAAUAGAACCCAAUGUUUUAUAUUCAGAUCAAUAUUUGUUUUUAUUAAUUGAAAAUACGUUUCCCCAUAAUUAUGUAUAUUAUAAUAUACCUUUUUUUAUAUAUAUUUUAUUUAUUAAGACAUCAUAUUGAAAUAAUUAGAGCAAUAAUUAGGGCAAUAAUUAGAGCCUUUAAUUUUAUAUUAAUUCACUUAUUUAUUUAUUUUUCUAUCGACAGCAUGAAUCUCUGUAUUUCCGUCAGGUAUUUUGGUCUCCUAUGCCAUCCUUACAUAGUCUCCUCCCCUGUGGGAGCGGCUCACUACCAUUACCAAUAGUGAACCGCUCGCCGCCGCCUCCUCCGUGCGCACGCCGACCGACAUGACAUUUCCCAUGGAGCUUUGCUCCAAAUCAUGCCGGUCCCGUGCUGCUUUGCGGGGAGUGGCUAAAUAUUAGUGGGCAGAGCGAGCUGCUUGUCGGGCGCCGCCCUCCCUAAAGUAACUACAUUUCCCAUGGAGCCUAGCUCCGGUCAUGUGAUUUUAGGGUUUUAUAAAAAUCAUAAAUAAGCCUUGUUUUUCACAAAUAACUAUAUUAUAUAGUUCAUACUAGCCUACCCUAUAUACAUGUAUAUUCGUUAUUUUGUUUUAAAAAUGUUUUUUAAUAUGUUUGCAAUUGGUUAAUCUGUUUUUUGGUGCCAAUUUUAAUUAUCACAUACCCUUAUAAAUACUGUUUCUUGCCAGGUACAAUGUUAUACUACCAUUUUGAUAAAGCCUUAAAGGUGAAACGCGUUAAUGGUUUUAAAUUGUGUAUUUUAAACAAGAAAUGUUUUUUUGGUUACCUUUUUUAUAGGACCAAUCCUCAUUUUAUUGUAUUUUAUAUGCACUUUUUAUUUACUCUUCCUGGCAUUUCUAUUGUAUCCUGAUUCAAGAAAUCCCAGGUGGGGAUUAUUCCACCAGUGCUGUGUUAAUAGAGCAGUAUCUUCUGCUCUAUACGUGUAAGUUUUUAAUAAUUUUUUCAAACUGAGAGCACUGUACGGAUUAUUUUGCAACCCGGACGGAUCAGCUCCUGAGGACUGUAUACAUAUCCCAUCCAGCUAUAUCAGUGAGACGUUUCAUUUAUUUAUUUUUAUCGAACAUUUUUCCAUUUGGAAGGACUCUUUUAUUCGAUUUUAUAGAGACUUUUUUUAUAGGCCUAUUUUGGUGUUAUCUAUUCAUUGAGACCAUUUGGCCUGGUCUUUACUGUCAUUAAUUACUAUAUUUAAGUUCCUAGCGCAGCCUUUACCCACUUUUACCAGUUUGGUAUAGUGCAUUGUUCAAAGAAAUCGGCUCGGCCAGUAUAAGGGCCUUGGUUCUGUCUAAAUGAACUUCUGUUUGUUUAGCUGGACAAAGGUGCCCAAUUCUUUUAUAAAGUUCUCCCCAAAGAGAACCUUUUGCCUGUGUUACCUGGCUCGUUCAGAGCCAUAGAUGCAUGUUUGGGCUCAGUCUUGAGCAAGAUCGAUUUGCGGCGUUCUGUGACAACCGCAUUGUUGGCGUUGCCAACUUAAAUCACACUCUGGAUCUAACCACUUAAGAUGGCGCAAUCUAAUUCUAGAUCAUCCUCUACUGCUUCAAAGAUCUUGGCUGCUGAGCCCAAGAUGCCCAGGAUUUUAUCCUGACAAUUUUGCAAUGAAAAUUUCUUACUCAGGAAUUGAAUGAUCUUAGGAUCGACUGAUAGCGUUUUACAUGAGUCAUCAGGGACUGUUCGGCGUGGCAAUUCAGCCCGCAAUUUAUUUCACUUUGCCUUCUCAAAAGGCUUGCGUACUCUGGAUGCAAUAUACUUGGCUACAUUGUCUGAGGAGACCACUGGAUGACAUAGGUCAUCAGGUUCGAAUAGGGGUUCACAUUGAGUGUCCACGAUCGUAUCGGUGUCCCCGUAGUCCGCAUAAUGUACCUCAAUCUUGGUAGGUGUAACGGAACUGCUGGCACCCCGCCCGGGUACCUUCCGCUGACGGAUGCUUCCGAGGUCUCCCAAGCACUCCACCUGACACCAUAACCAUUGCACACCCCACGAACCGCCGCAGCUUGGUUGGGGUCUCGCCGUCUCCGCACACUCUGGACCCAAGACUAGGGUCCAGCUUCCAGUAGGUUGACCUCUCCAAAUUCCAGAGAGCAGGAACAGGGACAAGCUCUUAGCAGAGCUUAGUGAUCAUACCCUAGGGAGUAUAGUGAUUAUAGCAAUCCCCAGAGUGUAGUUCUCCAAUCCCCCAAACAUGAGCCGAAACUUCAUGAAGGUACAAGAUGAUCUGACUCCAAUGAGCGUUUAUUCCUCCUUAUAUACAAGUUUUCAGGCCAGAGGCACACCCCCUGGACCUGGUGGUAAACUGUGACAAAAGGGACACAAACCAAUGGAAACACUAACAGAAUAACACUCCCACAUAUACAAUGAAAUCCCUCCUCUCCAUCCUGGACAUAAUUGGCUUAAAGCGGCACUGUCAUGCCGAAUCCAGCUUUUUUUUACCCCCCUCUUGCCUCCACUACAUCUAACUAACACCCUAGUCACCCCCAAAUGCCCCUAAGCCCUCCACAUUACCUAUUUUUUAUUCCUUGUUUUCUGCCCCGAUCUUUAUUCAGGGCGCCGCCAUCUUUGUAUGGUAGAUGAAGUCCCUGUGGGACACGUCAUCAGCCCACACUAGCUAGACUGUGAGAUUCCCGCACAUGCCCAGUGAAACACCUGGACAUGCGAACGGGAAUUUCAUCUAUUCACUCAUUCAUCAGACAGACGAAUGAAUGAAUGAAUAGAAAGAUCAGCCGAACAAACAAACACUGUGUAUCAGUGUUCGUUUGUUCGUGCAGUUUAUUACAAGGAGGGAGCUACCGGCACUCAGCUCCCUCCUUGUAAUAUGUAACUAUAGAAGUGGCAGUCCUCCCUCACUCUGUGACAUCUCCCCAAUGCCCCUACUCGCUAUACCGUGAGUAGGGGCAUGUCCACUAAACAGUGAGCAGCCUGUGGCUGCUCACUGUAAAAAAAAAAAAAAAAAAAAAAAAACUAUUGGCCUUGAAGAUAAUGGGGGGUGGGGACCUACUGUCCUGCCCCCAACCCUGGGCGGCGGGUGGGGGCCAAAUGGAUUUCAAGCCAUCCAAUCACAGUGCUCUGUCUCAUUUUACACAGCGUGGGAAAAUUCUUUUGAAUUUUCCCAUGCUGUGUAAAAUGACAAAGAGCACUCUGGCUUAAACCCAGCAAUCAGAGUGUUCUUAGCCUAAUUUUUUUUUUUUUUUUUUGCGCUCAGGAUUUUUAUUUUCAAUUCGACGGUUAUGAUUUUUUUAUUUGGCCUUUUUUGGGGCUGAAAAAUGACGAUUUGAGAAAAAAGAAGUCGAAUGGUAAGUUUAAUUUUAUUUUACAGGCUAUUUAUUUUAUUCCCCCCUCACUAUUUUUUAGGGUGAGGGGGGUAGGUAGGGACUUUUUAUUUGGGUGGGGGGGUGGGUGACUAGGGGCUUGGGGACCCCUAGUCACCUUGGUGGGGAGGGGGGAAAUUGACUUAGGGCCGGGGGGGGGGAGAACAGUAGGUCCCCCCCCUCAUUAUCUUUAUGGCCUCCACCCGCCGCACAGGGGUGGGGGCCGGAGGGGGGUUGGACAGUAGGUUGUCCCCCCCCCCCAUUAUCUUCAUGGCCCGCACCCGCUGCCCAGGGGUGGGGGCCGGAGGGGGGAUGGACAGUAGGUCCCCCCCCAUUAUCUUUAUGGCCCCAGCCGCCGCCCAGAGGAAAGGUAAGGAUCAUGGGAAAAUUGCUCUGACCAGCGGAAAUGAAGCACACUUUGCUCCUCCGCUGGUCAAGCGGAGGAAUCCUCCAUAAGGCAAAGAGUCCCUACUUUGUCUUAUGAUUUUAAAGAAAACUAAAGAAGAACAGAUCCUGAGAGAGGGGGAGAAGAGGAAGAGAUUGAGGAAAGGUAAGUUUGGCAUGACCGUGCCGCUUUAAGGCACUGCAGUAAACUCAAUUAUAUCCAGGUACAGAAAAUAACUUUUACAUUUUACAGCAAAAAUACAUAAAAAUACAUAAUUCUUAUAUUACACAGAACCCCCACAUUUAACCUAUCCCCAGAUAGCUCGGAUCUGCGCGCCCAAUAUAGGUGAUCAGAUCCCACAAACAAAGUAAAUUUGCCAUGGGGUUAAAGUUUUUGGGAAGCCUCUUUUGACUGACCGCAAGCAGGAUUUCCUGCCCAAAACAGUUCCACAGAGUUUGGCUGUGCGGCCGGUCUAUUUCCAAUGUUAAAAUCUGUUCACAUAGAGAAAACGACUAAGUCCCAUUCGAAUGUACGAACGGGCCCCAAUGGAAUAGGCUUCCAGCUGAGGUGGUAGAAGAACACAGUGAGGUAGUUUAAGCAUGCGUGGGAUAGGCAUAAGGCUAUCCUAACUAUAAUAUAAGGCUAGGGACUAAUGAAAGUAUUUAGAAAAUUGGGCAGACUAGAUGGGCCGAAUGGUUCUUAUCUGCUGUCACAUUCUAUGUUUCUAAUCCAAACUGGAUUAUAAAGAGGACAUCCUGGGCUUUCCAGUGAUGUGAUGUGAUGUGAUAGGCUGGGAACUUCCUCUUACUUUUUCAUCUAAAAUGGAUGGUAUAUUGGAAGACAAGUUUUUCGGUUCCCAGGAAAAUGUUUGUGUAAUGCUCCUAUAUGAAUUUGCCAGUCAAGCCUUCCCUAUUCAGGGACUUAACCAGUUAAUGACUCAGUCUUUAUUGCAUAGACGCUACGCUGACCCUGUUUGCAGUAAAAUAUAUAUUACAGAUAUUAAAAGCCAGAACAAAGUUAGCUGACAUUUAUAAAGGGACUACAAUUUUAUUGAUGUAACUAACACCUUGGAGACCAUUGUCAUUUGUCUCCCAUAGGAAAGUCCAGUUAACAUUAAAUGAUACGCAUCAUUGUGAAAACCGUCCUGUAAUGGCAUAAACUAGCGUUGGUCCCUAAGGGUUAAAGGUUCUACGUAACUGAACAAACCUGACUAUUGGACUGGGCUGUGGAGGGCCUAGCUGGAAUAAGCUGCUGCUUUGGCCUGUGAUUCAGAUGCAGUUGGCCGGGACUGGAUGCAGUCACCAGGCUUAGACCUUUGAGGGUUACUGCUGUGUGUGCCUGCUUUGCAAUGCUCGUUCUCCUGUCAUUUUGUUUAUAUCGAAUUCCCAGCAGCCAGUCCUUCGUUGCUUUUCUGUUAAAUGUUUCCAUGUCUCUCUUGAUGAACACCAGAGCAGCGAUUCCUCCGUUUUUGCUGGCACCCACCCUCACGCUGUAUUUAUAGUGUUAAUGGAAUCGUUUGCCUUCCUUUGUUAUGAGCUGUUAUAACUGAACUAAACCGCUUGUAUGGUCUCAAUGCUUUAUAGAGAUUUUUUUAAUGUUUCUAGAAAUUUAAACAGUAUUAGUUCUUUGCAUAUCUGCCUCCAUGAUGAGGGACUACCAUUUUAGGUGCUGUGCAAAUAUACCUUUGUGAUGUGUUGUUACUGUUGCCCAAUUAGUUUGUGUACACUUUAUUUGGUAUAAUUUGAGGCUUCCUUGUUGCUGGCUAGGCCUCACCUCCUCCUGUAUCAUCACAAUUAUGGCGAGACCUAAUUGGGGUACUGAAGUACCUGUAUAUUGUGGGGGUGUUCUAAAGUACCUGUACAUUUGGGGUGGGGUGUACUAAAGUACCUGUACAUUUGGGGAGAGGGGGGGUGGACUAAAGUACCUUUACAUGUGGGGAGGACUAAAGUACCUGUACAUUUGUGGGGCAGGGGGUGGACUAAAGUACCUGUAAAUUUGGGGGGUGGACUAAACAUUUAGUACCUGUACAUUUAGGGGAUGGGGUGUACUAAAGUACCUGUACAUUUGGGGAUGGGGGUGGACUAAAGUACCUGUACAUUUGGGGGGGGUGGACUAAAGUACCUGUACAUUGGGGGGGGGGGAGAUUGCUACAUGUGCAUUUUAUUGCUGUAAAAUGUCACGCAGAACUAAGAAAAUAACAUUUCUUAAUCUUUUACCUUUUUAGGUCUUAUUCAUAUAAAAUAGUUUGAUAUAUAAUUUAUAUAUAAUAAGUGUGGGUGCAUUUAAUAUGACAUGUAGGCAAAUCCAAGGUUUUGUUUUGAAUGUAUACAGUUGCCAGUUGUCCUGUGGGGUUAAUGAGUACGUCCUUUUUACCACUUGCCUUCAUUUUUUUUAUCUUUUCUUCCUUGUGCUGGAUCUCAAUACAUGGGAGCUGCCAUUUUGUUUUCCUUUGUCCGUGAUGUCUGCCGUUUUCCUUCCGUGAGAUUGAUUGUACUGAUGUAUUGUGGGUUAAUCUGAUAACAGAAGCUUUGAGCUCCGCCAAGUGUCACAUUUUGUCAGCCUGGCUGUUAUAAAUAAGGAAAAGUAUAGUCUGUACAAUUCUACAAAACUACAGGAAUAAAAAAAAGAUUGACACUGGUAGCUAUUUAGAGAGAGUUUGAAUAUUUAUUUUUUGUUUUCUAUAGUGCCAGGUUAAAUCCCAUUCAGUCACUUUUCUGAAUCCAGCGCCAAUGUACCUCGGCGCUGGGUCAGGCUCCUCUCCGCCGAAAGUCAGCCGGCUGGAGAGAGACCUAAUGCACACGCGCUGCAAUGGCCGUGCAUGCGUUAGACUUUCGUCAUUGGAAAACAUUCAUCAAUGCUUUCCCAUGGGGAAAAAUAUGACACAACAUGUAGAGCGUGAGGAUGUCCAGUGUCAAAUAACGGACCAAAGAUCCAUUUCGAUUCUGGAAGCCCUCUAGCGGCUAUUUGUUAGACACUGAGGGCAAACAUAGAGCUACAAUGUAAACAUUGCAAGAGGGACACUUCACCCAGACUCCUUCAAUUAGCUGAAGUGGUCUGGGUACCUACAGUGUCCCUUUAAUUCAAUAGUAUUUUUGCCUGAAAUAAAGUGGUACCCAAAUGGUAGACCCCUACCCCUCCAAUGUUUCUUUAAGAUAUUGCCGAUAAUACCUCCUAGGACCGCCAGGCCCAUUACAAGCCCGGCAGUCCUGGGGGGGGGGCUUUUACACAGGACUGGAGGAGCUGCAAGAAAGGUAAGAAACAGCUUCCUGCAACCCCCCCAGUACUUAAUAACCCACUGGACCAUCAGGGAAUACUAUAUCCCCCCCCUCCCUGCUAAUAAGCUGGGAAGGGGGACUAAAUAAAAAAAAAAAAAUUACAAUAUUUAAAAAGGCCCCCCCAUUUUACACAACUUACAUCACUACACACACUACACACAGUGCAUUAUAUACACACACACACUGCAUUAUAUACACACACACUACACACACUUCAUUAUAUACAUGCUACACACACACACUGCAUUAUAUACAUGCUACACACACACACUGCAUUAUAUACAUGCUACACACACACACACUGCAUUAUAUACAUGCUACACACACACACACACACUGCAUUAUAUACAUGCUACACAAACACACACUGCAUUACUCACUACACAAACACAUUCUGCAUUCACUAUACACACACUACACAAACACACAUUCUGCAUUCACUAUAUAUACACUACACACACACACACUGCAUUCACUAUAUAUACACACACUCUGCAUUCACUAUAUAUACACACACUCUGCAUUCACUAUAUGCACACUACACACACUGCAUUCACUAUAUAUACACACACACUGCAUUCACUAUAUAUACACACACACUGCAUUCACUAUAUAUAUACACACACACUGCAUUCACUAUAUAUACACACUACACACACACUGCAUUCAUUAUAUAUACACACUACACACUACACACACACUGCAUUCACUAUACACACUACACAAACACACACAGUUUCCCUGUCUAAGCACACUUCAUUCACUACAUGUGGCAUGUAUAUUUUGUGCAUUUACCUUUAGAACUAGUUUAUUUUUUUCAAAAUAUCGGCAAGUUAUCGGCUAUCGGCCUGAAAGUUCACAGAUUAUCGGUAUCGGCUCUGGCCAGGUAACAAGCAGGGAAGGGGGACAAAAAAAUAAAUAAAACAUAAACAUUACAAAUUUAAAUAAAAAAUGCAUUCUCCCCCUUUUACACAAAUCACAUCCCUUCAGGAAAACACACACUCUGUAUUAUAUACACACACUACACACUCUGUAUAUAAUGUGGUGUGUGUGUGUGUGUAUGUAUGUGUGUGUAUGUGUAUGUAUAUAUAUAUAUAUAUAUAUAUAUACACACACUGCAUUUGCUAUACACACUGCACUCACUUUACGAACACUACACACACACCCCGCAUUCCCUUUACACACCACACACUACAUUCAGUAUACACACACUACACAAACACACACUCUGCAUUACUUAUAUACACAGUCACGCAUUAACUAUACACACACUACAGUCGCGCAUUAACUAUACACACACUACAGUCACUGCAUUAACUAUACACACUAUACAAACACAGCCUGCAUUCAUUAUAUACACACUACACAAAUACACACAGCUCCACUGUCUAAACACACUGCAUCCACUGCAUGUGGCUUGUAUAUUUUGUGCAUUUACCCUUAGAAAUAGUUUAUUUUUUCAAAAUGGUAAAUGCUCAGAGUAUCGGUAUCUGCUCUAAAAAAAAUCAAUAUUGGUCGAUCCCUGACAUAUAUUAUCAAAUUACACAUAUAUUUUUUUAUGUAUUUACAUAUUUAUUUUAUAUUAUAUAUAAAUAUAUAUAAUCAAUAUCAUUCUAUGUGUAUUUUGAUUAUUUAUUUAUAUAUAUAUAUAUAUAUAUAUAUAUAUAUAUAUAUAUAUAUAUAUAUAUAUAUAUUAAAAUACACUUAGACUUGCACUCACGGUCUUGGUUUUCUUUAAAAGAUUCCUUUAUGUCAUUUCUUUAAAAUCCUAUCAACGUUUCAGCCAACGUCCGUAGCUUUCAUCAGGAUCAAUUCAGCACAAAUACACUUAUAUAGCUAAAUAAAUCACUCACAAUCUGUAUUGCUAUCACUCCUCCUUGGCGUCCCUCAAGCCCAUCUGCGCAUGCGCAAGCAUUCCGCUACCCGGAAGCUGCGGAAUGAUGUCACCGUUCGUUGCCAGGGUUACCCGAUGCCUCUACAGGCUCCCCGGCAACUGGGUAAACAAGUUCCCUCUGUGCACCGAUCUAAUAGCAUACACAACCAUUCAAGGAAAAAAUUUAAAAUAUUUAAAGCAUUACCCUUACGGUUUUUCUCAGAGGUCUUAUAAGUUACAGAUUCAUCUAAACUUAAUGGUACGUAACAAAUAAACAAUAAGCUAUGUAGGUAUACAUUUCUGCUGGAAGUUCUAAAAGAUUGUUUCUAAUAUAUUUAAAGUGACAUAUCUUAUUUAUCAUUAAGGUGCUGUACCCUAUGUUGUAUUGUGUUUUGAUUUUGCAAUAGUGCUUAUAAAUAUUAUCUAUUUCCUAUUCAUAGAAAUACUUUUUAUAUGCCAUAAAGUGAUACUCUUGCUAUUAUGUACAUUAAAGUGCCCUGAAGUGAUCUACCGUAUAUACUCUAGUAUAAGCCGAGUUUUUCAGCACAUUUUUUGUGCUGAAAAACCCCAACUCGGCUUAUACUCGAGUCACUGUCUGUAUUAUGGCAAUUUACAUUGCCAUAAUACAGACUGGGGGCUGGUAGCGAGCGCUUACCUCUCCUGCAGCUCCUGUCAGCUCUCUCCUCCUCUGCGCCGGUCCGUGCAGCACCUCGGUCAGCUCCCAGUGUAAGUCUCGCGAGAGCCGCGGGGUCAUAGUGCGGCUCUCGCGAGACUUACAGUGUGAGCUGACAGAAGAGCUGCAUGGACCGGCGCGGAGUAGGAGGGAGCUGACAGGAGCUGCAGGAGAGGUAAGUAACAGCUCUGCCAGCCCCCCUCCUCCCCCCACUGAACUGCCAAUGCCACUGGACCACCAAGGAUUGAGAGCCCCCCUCCCUGCCAUGUAUCAAGCAAGGAGGGGGGACAACAAAUAAAUAAAUAUAAUAAUACAUAAAUAUAAAUAAUAAUAAAAAAAAUAAUUUAAAAAAUAAUAUAACGAAAAAAUUAAAAUAAUAUUAAUUAAUAAUAUACAAAUAUAAAUAAUAAUUAAAAAUAAUUAAAAAAAAUAAUAUAACAAAAAAUUAAAAUAUAUAUUUUUUUUUUUAUAAAAAAUGCCCACCCCCCACCAAGGCUCUGCAUCACACACACACUGCAUCACGCACACACACUGCAUCACGCACACACACUGCAUCACGCACACACACUGCGUUUAUACACACACACUGCAUUCAUCAUAUACACACACUGUAAAUAAAUAUUCAAUUAAUAUAAUUUUUUUAGGAUCUAAUUUUAUUUAGAAAUUUACCAGUAGCUGCUGCAUUUUCCACCCUAGUCUUAUACUCGAGUCAAUACGUUUUCCCAGUUUUUUGGGGUAAAAUUAGGGGCCUCGGCUUAUAUUCGGGUCGGCUUAUACUCGAGUAUAUACGGUAUAUGUACAAGAAAGUGCUUUUUCAUCUCUUAAAGUGACUCCCCCAGCUUUUAGACAUAUGUACAUUAAAGUGCUUUUACUAUCAAAGUGACACAUUUGCUGUUUAUGUAUAUGAAAGUGCUUAAAGUGAAAAAGUUAAAGGGAUGCAUGCGCCUUAUCUACAUUAAAGUGCUGAAAAGUGAAUUAUGUUUCUCUAUACAUUAAAGUGCAUAACGUGAUAUGUCUCUAUAAUAUAUAUUAUACAUUUAGGUUAAACAAUCUUUACUAUAUCUAUCUCUAUACUUCAUAGGUACUUAUAUUCAUUCCAUCUGUCGUUCUAAAAAAUUUAACUUUCCUCUGAACUAAUAACAGAAUUUCUGGUAACUUUAUCUAUAACUCUGGGAGGUCAGUUCUUCCUCUUAAAGAUGUUCAUAUAAAUGAAUGGUGCGAUACCAUUUCAUUCAAUCCUCUGGGUGCAACUCUGUCCAAUUCUUGUAUCCAAAAUGUCUCUCGUCUCAAUAAUGCAUUGCCUCUAUCUCCACCCCUUCUGGACUGUGGCACAUGAUCUAUUGGUAGUUAAUGGAUGUUUGUACUGAAAUGUUUCGCCACCGGUUUAUCAGUAUGUCCAUCUCUAUACGCCGUCCUUAUGUUAGAUCUAUGCCCUCUGAUUCGGUCACAUAGUUGUGUCUCGGUUUUCCCAAUGUAGACCAAGCCACAAGGCCAUGAUAUUUUAUAGAUAACAAAAGCUGUUCUACAUGUUAUGGUAUAUUGUAGAUCUUGUUUUUAUGUGGGUGGCUAAAAUUUCAUGAUGAAACCAUAUGACCACACGUCACGCACCCUAAACACUUGUGUUUUGUUUUGUUCAGUGUAACUUUCUUCGGGGUCUGUUCUCAUUACUAUAUCUUUCAAAUUCCUGUUCCUUCGGUAACAAAUCCUUGCUGGUUCCUUGAAUUCCCUUGGUAGGGUAUUAUCCCAUGCUAGCAUAUUCCAGUUACUCCUCACAAUAUCAGAUAUUUUCUGUGACUUAUUGUGAAAUGUCAUGGGGAAGACUAAUUUAGGGUUUGUAGUGGUGUCUUACCACGUGGUCGCAUUUUUCUUAGCUUCUUCCAACACUCUAUUUAAGACUCCUUCAGACUCCUUUCCAAAAAUGUAAUCUUCAUCUCAAGUAUUUGUUUCUGUUUCACUGUUUCUUUUGAGUUAUUUUUCAUAACCCUGAGGAAUUGUGCUCGCGGUAUGGAAUUUUUCAAACUGGUUGGGUGGGAACUGGUGUGGUGUAAUAUUGUGUUGCUGUCCGUGGGCUUGGAGUAGAGACUAUAGGCAAUCCUACUGACAACUCCACGUCUAAAAAUUGGACUUUUUCUGUGCUUACAACAGCCAUCAUCCAUACCAGUCUUGGUAAUUCAUUGAUGUAUUUCACCAUUUCAUGAGCUUGUGCUAUUCUACCUCCCCGUAAGAUAUCAUCUAUGAAACAAAAGUAUUUUAUGAUGCUUUGUUGAAAUGGCUUUAUUAUAUGUUCCGUUUCAAAGAUAUACAUUUACGCAUUCGCGUACAUUGACGCCAUGGCUGCGCCCAUAGACGUUCCUGAUGUUUCGCAUCAUGAAUAUCCCCACGAUAGGUAGAACAAAAGCCCAAGGUAUGCCGGGAUUGGAUAGAAGUUCUAAACAAAAUGUCACUAGAUCUCAUGUUGAUCAUAAUACAGGAUGUAAAAGCAGAUGUGACAGGACUACAAUUUCUGUCUGGACUUCUUUAACCAUUGCAUACCGUGGAUAUACAAAUGAACCGACUUGCCUGUUUAUGCGAACCACUAUUGCCCAAGAAAACGAAUCCAAACUACCGAACACAGGACCACCCUGAAGUAAAGUUAAGUGAUACUUUACCUCCCAGACCAGCACAGCCGUUCGCAUGGUUCAGCACGAAUCCUUUGUGUAAAGUAUAGGUGGCCGCCAUUUCUGGACUUUGCACGUGUUCGCGGCCAUUUUACGCACAAACAGCGGUGUUUUGCCAUCAAUCGUGUGGAACUAAAAACUGAUACGCAAACAGGCGAACGGCCGGCCGUUCGGUAGAAAGAUUAAACUAUGCAUGGGGAUUCCGGCGAACGUCAAGAUAACUGUGGAUGGCAAGAUUUUCGUGGGUUUUCAAUGCACGAACGGGGACCGACCGCAAGGCCAAAACUUGGCGGGUGGUGGCCAAAUGAUAAUGGGGAGGGGGAGACCUACUGCGUCCCCCCCCCCCGCCCCGACCGCUGGGCGGCGGGGGGGGCCAAAUGAUGAGGGGGGAUGGAUCUACUGUCCUACCCCCCCUGGCCCCCACCCCUGGGCGGCGUGUGGGGGCCAUAAUGAUAAUGAGGGGGGGGGACCUACUGUCCUUCCCCCCCCCGGCCCCCACCCCUCGCGGUAUAGCGAGUAGGGGCAUAUUAUUUACUAAUACUAAGUAAUCUUUAAUUAGUAUUGGUAAAGUUGGCUGAAAGACCAAUUUAGGUCUUUCAGCCUUUUAGUAGAUACCUUCCUAAUUCCGGUAUUCACGGUAUUAGGGAGCUAUAUACUAAGCGGCUGCAAGAUGCAGCCACAGCAAUGAAUAGGAUCGGAGUUUCAUUCAUUCGAAUGAAAUACCGAUCCGAAUAAAAUGCCGAAUUGCGUUCUAAAAGAAACGAACAGACUGUUGUCAUUCAGUAAGAACGCAAUUCGGCAGUUUCGUGUAAAAUGACAGGAAGCAUCUCGGGAACACAGAGGGAAGGUAAGGAUCAUGGGAAAAUUGCUCUGACCAGCGGAAAUGAAGCACACUUUGCUCCUCCGCUGGUCAGAGCUGGUCAAGCGGAGGAAUCCUCCAUAAGGCAAAGAGUCCCUACUUUGUCUUAUGAUUUUAAAGAAAACUAAAGAAGAACAGAUCCUGAGAGAGGGGGAGAAGAGGAAGAGAUUGAGGAAAGGCAAGUUCGGCAUGACAGUGCCGCUUUAACCCUGUAACUUUCCAAGACCCCAUUAAACCUGUACAUGGGAGGUACUGUUUUACUCGGAAGACUUCGGUGAAUACAAAUAUUAGUGUUUCAAGACGGUAAAAUGUAUUACAACGAUAUUGUCAGAGAAAGUUAUAUUUUUUUGCAUUUUUCACACACAAAUGGCACUUAAACUGACAAUAUAGUUGAUAUGUUUUGCAACACAAAUAUUUGUGUUCAGCAAUAUCUCCCGAGUAUAACAGUUUCUCCCCCCCCCCCCCAUGUACAGGUUUUAUGGUGUUUUUAAAAGUUAGCCAAAUAUAAGGCUUGCAUUUCAGUUUUUUCACAUUGAUAUUUGUCAGAUUGGUUACGUUGCCUUUGAGACCGUAUGGUAGCCCAGGAAUGAAAAUUAACCCCAUGAUGACGUACCAUUUGCAACAGUAGAUAACCCAAUGUAUUGCAAAUGGGGUAUGUCCAGUCUUUUUUAGUAGCCACUUAGUCACAAACACUGGCCGAAAUUGGCGUUCAAAUUAUUUUUUUACAUUUCACACACACAAAAAAUAUUAACACUAACUUUGGCCAGUGUUUGUGACCAAGUGGCUACCAAUACCUUGGGUUGUCUACUAUUGCAAAUGGUAUGCCAUCAUAGGGGUAAUUCUCAUUCUUGGGCUACCAUACGGUCUCAAAGGCAACUUAACCAAUCUGGCAAAUUUCAGUGUGAAAAAACUGACAAAUGUAACAUGCUAUAUUUGACCCUGUAACUUCCCAAAACACCAUAAAACCUGUACAUAGGGGGUACUGUUUUACACAUGAGACAUCGCUGAACACAAAUAUGUAUUUUAAUGCAGUAAAAGCAAAUAGUAUUAUGACAUUCACAGUUAAAAUGUCAUAUAGAACUAAAAAAAUAAUUUAUUUUCUCCCAAUUUAUUUUAUAGAUAUUAAAUUGUUUCAUAGCUAAAUAUUUGAUGUUAAAUGAAAGCCCUGUUUUCCCUGAAUAAAAUUAUAUAUAAGUGUUGGUGUACUUAAUAUGAGAGGUGAAUAACGGUUGGACAGAUAUCGCGCAAAUUCCAGAUUUUGUUUACGUUUUGUUUUGAUCACAACUUUUACAUUUUGCUCCGUUCUUAAGGGGUUAAAUAAAAAAAAUAUGCGCUGUAAAUACAUACACUUACAAGAUGAAGACGUAUAAUGCGCUCAAGGGUGCCUCCCCCGAUGUUAUUGGGGGAGGCUGUUGGUCCCUCCUUCUGGUUCGUAUAGGUAGAUAUGAAACAGGACUCCAAAUGGUAAAGGUAUAAAAGGUCAGCAGCUUUUAUUAUAAAAACGGCGAAUAAUCACCCACAGGUAAUAAAACAAAAAUAGGUCCUACGUGUUUCAUUCCAGGCUUGGAACUUCCUCAGGGACCAUAAAAUCAAUACAGUUACAACUUAUGACAAAGCAGCCUAAUACCUCCCACCCGCAAGUCCCUUUAAAUAGGGCUAGUCCCUAUGUCCAUUGGUGGAUCCGUGGGUGUUCUCAUCCAUCUUCGGUCCUAUUGGUGAGGUUGUAGCUCCUGUUCAUCGGUUAAUAUUUAGCAAUCCUUCUCCCUCAUCACGGUUAAAAUCAAAACAUCUGUGAAUAACAGACCUGGAAGUGCGUUCCAUGUAGUACUAACGCGUUCCAAAUGGCGAACAUUUUGCAUUGUUUAGGGGGUGCAAUUCCUGUAAGGCCUGUGUCACUGCAUCUAUACGGAGGACCAGUGUAUUCUCUAGUUUCACAACAGGCGACACGUAUAAGAUCAAAUCAGAAAUAGGAUGCCACAUGGACUUUGUGGUUUAUUUACUGCAGUGUCCCUGUGGCAAACAAUACAUUGGACGCACUAAAAUAAUCCUUAAAGUUCGGAUACUGGAACAUCUUACUAACAUAAGAAAAGGACUCAUGACACAUUCGGUCCCGGUUCACUGUAAUGCCUGCCCCCUUUUUUCAAUUAAAAAUGUCAAAUGUAAGGGUAUUGAAAGAGUUCUACCAUACUGGCGAGGAGGUGACAGGAUGAAAAAAUGAGCUCCACACGAAACAAUUGGAUCCAUAAACGCCAGACGCUAGAACCAAAGGGACUCAAUGUGGACAUAGACUUGGUCUGAUUUUUGUAACUAAGGGAAUGUUUUAAUUUUCCUCUUCUUAACUUUGGGUUUCUCUCUUUAUAUUUUGGUCUCUUGCUUUUUUUGUGGCUUAUAUAUAUAUUUUGUUAUUUUUUAUAAUAUACUCUUUCCAAGAAGAAUAUUUGAUGCAUCCUAAUAGUGAAGCAUUUGAUACUAUAUUAUUGGUGUUUGUAUAUAUUAACAUCGUACAUUUUUUAGAGAGAGGGAUUUGUGCUUUUCUAAUCACAUAAUAUAAUCUUUCUUUAAUGGUCAUAAGGACAUAAUACAUUCAUAAAAUUAUAAUUAUGGCUAAGGGUUGACCGAUUAUCGGUCUGGCCAAUAUUCUGAAUUUUCUGCAACAAAAGUAUCGGCCAAUACCAAUAUUGCCGGUAAUGCAGACCAGGACCGCCAUCAGGGUCCUGGAGGACUCACGGCAUCCUGGGGGGCCCAGCAAGCUCUUAGCUCCCUUCCGUUUUACCCUUUGUAAAUCUUGCGAGUCCCGCAGCCGUCAGUGUUGAAACAGGUUACCAUGGCAACGCUCUGCACGGCACGCUGGCCGCGAGAGUUAGACGGGGAACUGAAGGAGUUGCUGGGCCCCCCUGGACUGCCGUGGGUCCUCCAGGAAAUACCAUAUCCACUCUCCCUGGCCAAGUAAGAAGAUGGGAGUGGAGACUAAAACAUUAUAAAAAAAAAAAAAAAAAAAUUAAAAAAAACAAUGCCCCACCACCCCCAUUUUACACACUUAACAUAACUACACAAACACUCUGAAUUAAUUAUGUUACGGUUGCCCCGGGCUUGCUGGGGAUAUCCUUGUUCCCGAAUCCAGAGAGACGAACGCAGCUUCAUUCGGCGAAAUCCUGCAAGUGUAGAAUCAUCCCACUAGCUAUAGCAUAGCUAGGAUACCCUUUCCCCUACAAAAUGAGUCGAGGCUGCGAUUUGAGGGUAACACGAACUGCUUUACUGGUACUCUUGCACGGCAAUUUAUGCAACUUUGAGGCCAAAGGACAGCCCCCUCUGGACCUGAUGGAAUAAAGGACAAUGACAUAUUCCAACCAAUGAAAACAGUGUAUUAUUUGAAAAUGUUCCCGCCUAGCUUGGAGAUAAUUGGGUACAAUAACCUAAUUAUCUCCAAGCGCAUUAAAAAACCCCAUUUUUAUACAUACAGUAAAACAGCAUAAAAAUACAUAACUUUGGUAUUUUAAUACAAAAAACGUUCAUGCGACCAUUCGCCAGAUAGCUCAGAUCUGAGCGCACAAGUAACACGAAUUGCGUUCAGAUCUCCCGAACGGUGUGCCAGAAUUCUGUUUUAAAAGUCUGUGCGGCAGUCUCUUGCUUUUUGGGUGAAACGCCAGGCCCUUAAGCGGGAUUCGUGCUGUUCAGUCGCCGUUUAGAGUUCCAGAGAGUUUGUCUCCAUGUCGUGCUGAGCUUGCGAUGAAACAAAGAUGGCCGCUGCCUCGUGUUGGGCAUACGAACGGCGACCACCAUGGCUCAGGUACUUAACUUGGCGGCACACGACAGGGUCUAGGUGGCCGUCGUUCGGUAGAUAGUUCGUUCAUUGGUCGGUAGUCCGUUCGGGCCAUAGUAUGCGAACUGGGGCCACCCUGACGGCACGCAAUUAAGUGGAGGUUAACCUCAGACCGCAAUCUCACGUCAGUUAAUUGUUGGCACACGUCUGCAUGGAGGUGGUCGAUGGUUCGUGUGUUUAUCCGGUAGACCCGAGGUCAAAACUGUUUAAUUGGCGGCACACGCCAAGGGCCGGGUGGUCGAUCGUUCGUAUUUACGAACGGCUGGCAAGUGAAGUUCGUGGGGAAAGCAAAGUAAUGAAAGGGAUUAAAACAAAGUAUCUGUAUAUGUCCAACAGAGGAGAUACAUAAACACACUACACAAACACACACACACUCUGUGUAUGCAGUGUGUAUAUAAUGAAUGCGUAGUGUGUUUGUGUAGUGUGUUUGUGCAGUGUCUAUAAUGAAUGCAAACACACACACUCUCUGCAUUCAUUAUAGACACACACUCCUUGCACAAACACACACACUGUAUUCAUUAUGUGCACACACUACACAAACAAAUUGAUUCAUUAUAUACACACUACACAAACAUUCACGGCACAAACACACACACUGUGCAGUGUGUUUGUGUAGUGUGUGUGUGUAUAUAAUGAAUGCGCACACACUCUGCAUUCAUCCUAUAUACACACACUCUGCAUUCAUUCUAUAUACACACUCUGCAUUCAUUCUAUAUACACACACUCUGCAUUCAUUCUAUAUACACACACACUGCAUUCAUUCUAUAUACACACACUCUGCAUUCAUUCUAUAUACACACACUCUGCAUUCAUCCUAUAUACACACACUCUGCAUUCAUCCUAUAUACACACACUCUGCAUUCAUUCUAUAUACACACUCUGCAUUCAUCCUAUAUACACACACUCUGCAUUCAUCCUAUAUACACACACUCUGCAUUCAUCCUAUAUACACACACUCUGCAUUCAUCCUAUAUACACACACUCUGCAUUCAUCCUAUAUACACACACUCUGCAUUCAUCCUAUAUACACACACUCUGCAUUCAUCCUAUAUACACACACUCUGCAUUCAUUCUAUAUACACACUCUGCAUUCAUCCUAUAUACACACACUCUGCAUUCAUCCUAUAUACACACACUCUGCAUUCAUCCUAUAUACACACACUCUGCAUUCAUUCUAUAUACACACACACUGCAUUCAUCCUAUAUACACACACUCUGCAUUCAUCCUAUAUACACACACUCUGCAUUCAUCCUAUAUACACACACUCUGCAUUCAUUCUAUAUACACACUCUGCAUUCAUCCUAUAUACACACACUCUGCAUUCAUCCUAUAUACACACAUUCAUCCUAUAUACACACACUCUGCAUUCAUCCUAUAUACACACACUCUGCAUUCAUCCUAUAUACACACACUCUGCAUUCAUCCUAUAUACACACACUCUGCAUUCAUUCUAUAUACACACUCUGCAUUCAUCCUAUAUACACACACUCUGCAUUCAUCCUAUAUACACACACUCUGCAUUCAUCCUAUAUACACACACUCUGCAUUCAUUCUAUAUACACACACACUGCAUUCAUUCACACACUCUGCAUUCAUCCUAUAUACACACACUCUGCAUUCAUCCUAUAUACACACACUCUGCAUUCAUCCACACUAUAUACACACACUCUGCAUUCAUCCUAUAUACACACACUCUGCAUUCAUCCUAUAUACACACACUCUGCAUUCAUCCUAUAUACACACACUCUGCAUUCAUCCUAUAUACACACACUCUGCAUUCAUCCUAUAUACACACACUCUGCAUUCAUCCUAUAUACACACACUCUGCAUUCAUCCUAUAUACACACACUCUGCAUUCAUUCACACACUAUAUACACACACAUUCAUUCUAUAUACACACACACUGCAUUCAUUCCAUAUACACACACACUGCAUUCAUUCUAUAUACACACACUGCAUUCAUUCUAUAUACACACACUCUGCAUUCAUUCUAUAUACACACACUCUGCAUUCAUUCUAUAUACACACACUCUGCAUUCAUUCUAUAUACACACACUCUGCAUUCAUUCUAUAUACACACACUCUGCAUUCAUUCUAUAUACACACACUCUGCAUUCAUUCUAUAUACACACUCUGUGCCGUGAGUGUUUGUGUAGUGUCUAUAUAAUGAAUGCAGACAAACUACAUAUACACACACUCUGCAUCCACUAAUCAAUUACUGCAUACACUACACAUAUAUUCUUGAAAACAAAAAAAAAAUCACAUGUAUAUUUUGUGCAUUUACCUUAAUACAUUUUUUUUUAGCAAAUUAAAUAAAAUAAACAUGUUCAGUUAGCAAUAGAUUUGUGUAGAAAUAGUAAAAAGAAAUGGUAAAUGUACAGAAUAUCAGUAAGUUAUCGGGUAUUGGCUCUAAAAAAAAUCAGUAUCAGUCGAAACCUAUUUAUGGCCAUCUUGCAGUUGUCACUCAGAUAAAAUUUUUGGGGUUUAUUUUUAAUAUUGAGAUUAUAAUCAAAUAUAGGGCGACUACAUCCACUCAGUGUUAAAUUGUUGGUUAUAUCCUCUUGAUGAAAUAUGCACAUUAUGUUCUGUUUUUAAUGUAUAUUACACAAUAUUAAUAUUUUUCUCUAGCAGAUAUGUAGUUUUUUUUUUUUCCUCUGUUCAUUAACGCAUGUAAUGUAAUACAUCUGGCGACCACUAGAGGGACAUAUAUACGUCUUAUCUCUUCCAUGGUGGAACGCAGAAGUAUUACAUGGAACGCACUUCCAGUUCUGGUAUUCACAGAUGUUUUGAUUUUAACCGUGAUGAGGGAGAAGGAUUGCUGAAUUUUAACCGAUGAACAGGAGCUACAACCUCACCAAUAGGACAGAGGAUGAAUGAGAACACCCACGGAUCCAUAGGGACUAGCCCUAUUUAAAGGGACUUGCGGGUGGGAGGUAUUAGGCUGCUUUGUCAUAAGUUGUAACUGUAUUGAUUUUAUGGUCCCUGAGGAAGUUCCAAGCCUGGAAUGAAACGCGUAGGACCUAUUUUUUUAUUACCUGAAUAAUCACUGUUUUUAUAAUAAAAGCUGCUGACCUUUUAUACCUUCACCAUUUGGAGUCCUGUUUCAUAUUUACCUAUACAGACCAGAAGGAGGGACCAACAGCCUCCCCCAAUAACAUCGGAGGCACCAUUGAGCGCAUUAUACGUCUUCAUUUUGUGAGUGUAUUCAUUUACAGCGCACAUUUUUUUAUUUAAGUUGUACACUAUAUAUUGUUUGUUCCUUAUUUAAAUUUAUACAGCCGUAUCCCAUACAUCAUGUUUUUCUUUAUAUGCAUUUAAUGAAUUUUUUUUCAUUGGGUUAUAUAUAAAAUCUGCAGUUUUCUUGUCUGCUGCCUUUGCAAGCUCUCCCUUUCUAACCCCACCCAGACUUUAUGUGGCUGUCCAAUAUCAGAUUUCCCAAUGCAGCUCAAUGAGAAGUCCUUGCAAGACAGGUGCUCUGAGCAAUUGCUGCCUCUUGAGGUCAGCUGCAUUGAGCUAACGAAACCAGGAAUUAACAGGGUUAUUGUCUGCUUGAAUGCCAAGGGGGUGUAACCAGAUUCAUUUAUAAAAGUCAAUUUCUAUUGAAAUCUGCACUUUUUUUCAAAAUGGGAAAAAAAAGAUAACGUUACUUAAGGGUCUAUAGUGACCCUUAACGACCACAUGACUGUCUAUGCCAUCGUGUGGUGCAGCACUUUUAACAAAUGUGGACAGCAUAAGACCGUCAUGCAUUGAAAGCACUAACCCCUCUAUCAGCUGGGGCCACAGUUAGUGUAUACAGCGUGUCUGUUUCCAUGGCUGGAUUGUAGUGAUGGGCAUGCAUUGCAAUACUUUGUUAGGUUUGUUCUCUGCUAUAGGUGAGGGCUGGAAGGCCUUUGACAGGAACAUGUUCCACUUGUGAUUUUGACACUACUGUUACACUAUUUAUUACAUAUUAUAUGCCGUUUGUUGACCAAACAGAAUUCGCAGUCUUUCUGACAAAAAAAAGGUUCGGUUUCAUAACUUUUUCCACAAUUCUAAAUUUGGAGGUCUUCAAUGAUGGACAAUUUUGCAAGAAAUGGAAGACUUUACUGUGAAUAAAACUGUAACUUUUGAGAUCACUUUCAAAACACCUUAAAGGGACACUAUAGUCACUCAGACCACUUCAGCUCAAUGAAGUGGUCUGGGUGCCAGGUCCCUCUAGGGUUAACCCUGCCUGAGAAACUGCUAUGUUUACAUUUGGGGUUUAGCCAGCCUCUAGUGGCUGUCUUCCGAACAGCCACUAGAGGCGCAUCUGAAAAGCUGGAGGCAUAUUAUGUCUCCAUCACGCAGAGCGUCCAUAGGAAAGCAUUGAGAAAUGCUUUCCUAUGGACACUUUGAAUGCGCGCGCGGCACUGCCGCCCAUGCGCAUUCCGCUCCGCUGAAGUCAGGCGGGGGAGGAGAGGUAAGGGAGCCCGGUGGUGGAAUAAGGUGAAGGGGCACCCUCAGGGUACUAUAGUGUGAGGGAAAACUGAUUUGUUUUCCUGACACUAUAGUGAUUAGAGAUGUCGCGAACCGUCCGCGAACUUCUCGCGAACGGUUCGCCGCGAACUCCGUUCAGCUGACACAUCCCGGCCAAUCUCCGGCAGACCCUCCCUCCCAGACCCUCCCACUUCCUGGACAGCAUCCAUGUUGAAGCUGCCUUCAACAUGGAUGCUGUCCAGGAAGUAGGAGGGUCUGGGCGGGAGGGUCUGCCGGAGAUUGGCCAGGAUGUGUCAGCUGAACGGAGUUCGCCGCGAAUGGAUCGUGGCGAACCGUUCGCGAGAAGUUCACGGACGGUUCGCGACAUCUCUAAUAGUGAUCCUUUAAUAAAUAUCCUGCACUGCAGCUGGCUGGGGUCUCAUGACUUAAAUGGUGCCUAAUGUUGGUGAGAUGCUGCCAUGCUGGCAGUAUAUGUGGCGUGUGGGGGAGGUGCUGCCAUCCUGGCAGUAUAUGUGGCGUGUGGGGGAGGUGCUGCCAUCCUGGCAGUAUAUGUGGCGUGUGGGGGAGGUGCUUCCAUCCUAGCAGUACAUGUGGAGUGUGGGGGGAGGUGCUUCCAUCCUAGCAGUACAUGUGGAGUGUGGGGGAG